UUACACACUCCGGGGCAGUAGGUGGCGGCAUGCACCUUCAACGUUUGUAAAAACAAAAAACAAAGAAGAAGAAAAACUGAGAGCGCAGCACGAAGUGACAGCAGAGUGAUACAGUUCGCUAGAAUGGCAGCAAGCCCAGAGUCAAAACUCCAGCUGGUCCAGAGACACAUCCGAGCUUUUCCAGACUAUCCAAAGAAAGGCAUCCUGUUCAGGGAUAUCUGUCCAAUCCUGAAGGAUCCAGCUGCUCUGACAGCAGUGACCGACCUAUUUGAAGAACAUGUAAGGAAGAAUCACCAGCAGGUUGAUCUGAUCGUAGGUUUAGAUGCUCGUGGUUUCCUGUUUGGUCCUCUGCUCGCCCAGCGGCUAGGUGUUGGCUUUGUCCUGGUUAGAAAGAAAGGCAAACUGCCUGGAACCACUAUAUCUGUGUCAUAUGAUUUGGAGUACGGCAAGGCGGAAGCAGAGAUCCAGGAGGAUGCAGUCGCUCCAGGACAGAAGGUUCUUAUCAUUGAUGACCUUUUGGCUACUGGAGGGACAUUGUAUGCAGCCUGUGAGCUGCUGGGGAAGCAGCAGGCUGAUAUUCUGGGCUGCAUGGUGGUCAUCGAGCUCAAAGAGAUGAACGGCAUCGACAAACUGAAAUCCCACAACGUGUUCUCGCUGGUUCAGUACUGAGGACCGCUGCAGCCCCCACACAGGAAACAAGUCAAGGAUCAAGUAUAGUCAUUGUACAACUCAGGGCUGCGCAUGAAAGUGCAGUUGCAGACUGCGUCAGACUUUUACAACAAGGCCGGUGCUUCACCAGCACCGAACAAGAAGCCUCUUCAGUUCACUCACAUUUUUUUACGGCUUCUGUCAUUUCUAUCACAUAACGUUUUAUAAUUUCAGUUGAAAGUUUUGUCAAUUCAUAAAUGUUGGUUCCCUGGUUGCAAGAGCUGGAGCCUGACCAUGCAUGCUUUGGGUUUAUGAUGGAGAGUUUGGUUUCCACAGAAUGUCUAGAGUUUCUUUCACCUAAUGCAUGCUGGGAUCGGUCCCUGCAGGAGGAGUCUGUUGUAGAAGAUGGGUGGAUUAACAUUGUUUAGACACAUCGUCAUAUUAAAUAUAACGGUUUCCUGUAGCUUGUUUGUAAUUUAGGUUUAUUCCAUGUAAUGUUUUUUUCUUUUGCAGGAUUCAAAGGGUCUUAAAGUCUUUGUUUGUCCUAAAAGUGUGUAUUUGAUGAAUGUAUGAGGUAUCCAAUGAUGGCCUUCUUUGACUGUUUAGAAACUUCAGCUAUUCUUCCCACCACUUGUAACUUUUCAAUAGUAAAAAGCCAAAUUAAAGUGAAGCAAAGGCCAAAUGAAAUAACAAUAAAUGCUCAGGUUCUUUUUUUGUGGAGUCCAAAGUGGUAAUGCAGAUUGUUCUCUUUAAAGCUUUACUGUUGUAGUGAGCAGUGUUCUCUUUACUAAUGCAGCGUUCCUCUGGUCAGCAUGUCAUCAACACUUUAGUCCUCACUGUGUAACUUCCUGUGUGCUUUUGUUUGAACAUGUUAAUCUAAUUAUUCUAUAAGAAAUUACAUUCUCUCAUUGAUAUUAUUAUUAU